AUGUUUUCAUCUGAUUCCGAAGACGACUAUUACGGUAACACCACGAAAAGGUUACAAUAUCUAAGAAAUAAAUACAGCGAAGACAAAAUCGAUACAGCGAAUUUACUGAAAAAUUCUGUGCAACCAGAUUUAGAAGCGUGUUGUAGUACCGCAGUGAACACCAGUAACACCUCAAGCGUAAAACCUAUUGUUGAAACCAAUAAAAGUUGUAUGGAUGAUUCUCUAUUGAAAGACGAUUCAGUUAUAGAAGCAAUGCGAAAAACUAGAGCUCAAAGGAUUAAGGCAACUUUUUCUAACUUUAUAAAUAAAUCUUUAACUCUCAAGAAAAAAGGUAAAACGGCUAAAGGGGGCAGAGGCAGUAAAAGUCAAUCCAAGCUUUCUAAAGAUACCCAAGACAGUGACACAGAAAUUAUACCUAAUGUUUUUUUUGUGGCACCUAUGAGGAGGUCUAAAGCACAAAGAGUUCAAGGCAGUUGUUCUCUUAAUACACAACAAAACUAUCCGAGAAAUGUGGAAAACAUACAGAUACAGUCUGAGAUACAGUGUGGUGACACCACAUCUCAGACUGUGAUACCGACAUACAGUAUCGGUAACACAGAUGAGUAUCCAGAUUUAUCAGAGAAUGUUCAUCUGUUUAAUACAAAGCCUCUGACCCAAGAUUUAGAUUAUUCGUUUGAUGACAAUGAAGAACUAUCAGUAAAGGUAUACUGGCGUAGUUCAGAAAUUGUCAGGUUCAGUAUACGUAAAUUCCAGAAAAUUUUGCAAAUAUUUGAAUUCUUUGCUAAAAAAGAAAAUGUAACAACAGAUCGACUUUUGUUUCUAUAUAAUGAUAGGAUUUUAAAACCCUAUUACACACCAGAUAAGAUAAAUUAUAAAAUCACAAAGUUUAUAGAAGGAGGCAUCAUUCAUUCCGCACCAAUUUUAGAUGAGUCAAUAAUUAGCCAUAAUGAAUUUGGCAAUGGACUUAAACUGAAAUUUCAAUGUCAAAAUGUUAAGAAGCCAUUCGUAAUAUAUGUUCAAAAGGAAGAGAAGCUUGUAGAAGCUAUGGUGAAAUGUGCUGAGCACUUUGAAAAGCCGCUUAAUGCUCUAAAGUUUGUCUUUGAUGGAGAUGCUAUUGCAGGUUCAAUGACCCCUGACGAUUUGGAUUUGGAAGGAGACGAGUGUAUUGAUGUUAAAUUCAUUAGUUAA